UAAGGGAGCCAGGUCAAAAUGGUGAAGUUGUGGAUUUGGACACUAAUGGUAAUGGGGAUGUUCGUUGUCAGAGUGGGGGAUGACAGAAAUGCCUCCUUGGAUGUUAUGCACACAGUAACGACCCACGGAAGGCUGCGGAGGUGAGGUGUCAUAACUUGGGGCAGCAGGGGGUGCUGGGAAGGGUCUCUGGUGGGUGAGGGAUUAGGCAUGGCUGGAGAGUCCAGAUUGUUGCGAAUGAAGUGACCUUUAACUUCCAAGACAUCUUGGAUUUAAAUCGUACUAUUAAACUACAAUCCCCAGCGACCUGUGGAACUCACUUAUCGAGUUUUCCGGUGAUUUGGGCAUUUCCGGCGGAAGCGGACGCUGCUGGCCAUUCUUCUAAUUUAAAUGCUGUUGACUACGACUUCCAGUGUCCUUUGCGCCGGGACGAAGAAAGGAAGCGGAAGCUGCAUGGGGAGCUGCCGCAGGUAACAGUGGCAUGGCUGUGUCCCCGACUUUCCUGCCCGGGCCUACCCAUGAAGCUGCAGGUGCUUUGAUGGAGCUCCUGCCUUGCGCUCCAAGCUUGGCUGAGGGCUUCUUGGAGGAGGAGCUUCAGCUUAAUGCCGAGCUUCACCAGCUGCAGUUUCCAGAGCCCGUGGGUGUCAUUUAUAACCCAGUGGAUUAUGCUUGGGAGCCGCACCGCAACUACGUGACCCGCUACUGCCAAGGUCCCAAGGAAGUGCUCUUCCUGGGCAUGAACCCAGGGCCGUUUGGCAUGGCCCAGACUGGGGUACCUUUUGGGGAAGUGAAUGUGGUCCGGGACUGGUUGGGCAUUGGGGGCUCUGUGCUGACCCCUCCCCAAGAGCACCCUAAGCGACCAGUGUUGGGACUGGAGUGCACACAGUCAGAGGUGAGCGGAGCCCGAUUCUGGGGCCUUUUCCGGGCCCUCUGUGGACAGCCCCAAGUCUUCUUCCGGCAUUGCUUUGUCCACAAUCUGUGUCCUCUGCUCUUCUUGGCUCCCAGUGGACGAAACCUCACCCCCGCUGAUCUGCCGGCCAAGCAGCGGGAGCAGCUACUGGCGAUCUGCGAAGCAGCCCUGCGCCGGCAGGUGCAGCGUCUAGGGGUGCGGCUGGUAGUGGGAGUGGGGCGGCUGGCAGAACAGCGGGCGCGAAGAGCUCUAGCAGGACUGGCUCCAGAGGUGCAGGUGGAGGGGCUCCUGCAUCCCUCUCCGCGAAGCCCACAGGCCAACAAGGGCUGGGAGGCGGCAGCCAGGGAAAGACUCCAAGAGUUGGGGCUCCUACCUCUGCUAACGAGCGAGUGCUCGGCCAGGCCUAGCACACCUUAGAGAUCACGUUGCACGCAGGCUUUGCCGGGCUCCCUGUUGGAGGAGCACUCUGGACUUUUGUCUAACCCUGAGCGCAGGGUGGGCAGCUCUCCUCCCUUGAGCCUCACCCUUUCGUCUCCAGUGGCUUGUUCUGUUCAGUGUCCACAGAGGGGGCCACUACACUUGCCGGCCACAUCAGUGUCCACAGAGGGGGGCCUCUGCACUGCCUGCCACACCAUUUCCUUGGGGACCUCUGUAUGCAGAGGGUCCUAGAUGGGGAUGUCUGGAGUCAUAUUAGAAGUUUUGGAGGAAAGAUAAUUUUAAUCUUUCCUGUUUUGUUUUUAUUGGCAUUGUUUUUGGCACUGCCUCAUACACACUAGGAAAGCUCAUACUGAUCUACCUCAGACUUUUUGACACUAAUUGUACGUAUUAGUGGGGUUCAGUGUGAUGUUUCCACACAUGCAUUAAGUGUGAUCGAUUGAGUCUGACCUCUCUUAAUCUGUCCUCUCCACAGCUCCCCCUCCCCAACCAGAGGGCGAUCUUUCUGGGGUCCCUACUCAUCCUUACAGAACACUUGCCUCUAGCUGGCUGCUCUCCUCUCCUCCCAGGGACCAGGACAGACAUCACGUUGAGAAUGAGCUUCUGAGCCAGGUGUCCUGACAUACCCUUGUAAUCCCAGCACUCAGAGACAGGAGGGUCAGGUUAGGCUCUAUCUCAGAAACAUACCCUUGUAAUCCCAGCACUCAGAGACAAACAAACAAAUAAUAAAAAGUGAAUGUCUUCAGGGAGACCGAGGUUAGAUCCUAGGGACACUUAUAUGUGGCAGACUAGGAAAGAUCUAGAUCUUCAUUCCCCUUUCCCCUUUGAAGCCUGUUAACUUUUUUUUUUUUUUUUUUUUUUUAACCUCUCUCAAUUGGGCAGUGGUGGCACAUACCUUUAAACCCAGCACUUGGAAGGCAGAGGCAAGCAGAUCUGAGUUCAGAGCCAGUCUGGUCUACACAGUGAGUUUCAGGACAGCUUACUACUGUCUUAAAAAAUUAAAACUCCUGUUUUGUUUUUGUUAUUGUUAUUGUUUUGUUUUGUUAUUGUUGUUUAUUUGUUUUUAAAAUUUGAAGCAAGGUUUCAUUGUGUUGGCCUGAAACUCAUUGUGUAGACAAGAUCCAGCCUUGACCGCAUAAGAAAUCUUCCACCUCUGCCCCGGAGUGCUGGUUUAAAAGGAUGGGCCACCAUAUCCUGUUCCCUUCUGAAUUUUGAGACACGGUCUCACUGUGUCGUAGUGGCUGUCCUGGCACUUUCUCUAAAGACCGACAUGGCAACAAACUUGCGGUGAUCUUCUGCCUAAAUGCUGGGAUUAUAGGCAUGUGCCACCCUGCCUAACCUGCUUAUAAACAACUUUUCUAAGUCUCAAGAUUCUCUGUAAAGUGGGGUUUCUGCCUCCUGCCCCUGGUGUGAGGUGUGAGGACUGAGGGAACACUGUAGAGUGCUUUAUGAAGGGCAGACCUGUGGUGCCCACCACACACUCUUCCCGCUUGCCUCUCUCUGAGCUGGGGUACCAUUGCACUAUGAGGGCAUUCCCUGUCCGCCCUGAAGACCUUUCCUUACUGGGGAAGGACCAAUGUUAGGAAAAUUGCAACCUGUGACUUUUCAGAUUAAGCAUUAAAGACCCCUAAGCCUUCUCACGUUGGUUCUCUUUCCCUUCUGCGCUUCAUUGGCGGGAGAAUGUUGGUUUUAGGACACCCCUCCCUCUUCCUCUGUUCACUGCUGGCAGAAACUUCUCAGGGAGCUUGGGGAGGGGAUAUGAGACUUCUAGCCAACCUAGCCAACCUGCAGGGGUUCAUCAGGUACUUGGGGCACUUUUGGGGCUGAUGGGGAGGCUGAUGUCUCCUCUGUCUCUUAAGUGGUUGGUUGGGUGAUGUGUGGUAAGGGCUAGAGAGUAAGCUACAGUGGGAACGUGGACCACCUUAAUGGGAGGCAUGUGGUCUCCUUAUUUCCUGGGACUCAAGUCAUCUCCAGCAUUCUAAAAAUUAGUAAGAUUUUAAUCAGCUGUCUCAGUUCCUGAGAGGGAACUUUGAGGUUUCCUCAAUAAUAGAAAUGUCAGGGAGCAGGUUCAGAUAGCUCAGAGGCUUUUCCAGAAGUCCUGAGUUCAAUUCCCAGCAACCACAUGGUAGCUCACAACCAUCUGUAAUGAGAUCUGGUGCCCUCUUCUGGCCUGCAGGCAUAAUGCAGGCAGAACACUGUAUACAUAAAUAAUAAAAUAAAUUUUUAAAAAAACCAAUAGAAAUGUCAGUAUUAUUCAUGUCGGAACCUCAGAGCACAGCAGGGUUUGUUGAACUUUGCUGCAGGAUAGAGACCAGCCCCCUAGAAAGACCAGCUUUAUGUUUUGAUGGUUGGAACUUUGAAGGGUGAUCUCAGCCUGAAUGUCAGGGUGGGACAAGGCUAGAGAUUGAGUUCAGCUGAGUGGCCCAUGAUCUCAACCAAUUAUCCCUAUGUAGUGAACAGAACUUUGUACACUAGUUUCUGCCAAGCUUGCUGGUUGGUGAACACACAUAUGUCUGUUUCUUUUUGGGUAGUUUGUGCUGGUUUGUAUAUUUAGUCAUAUUCUCUGUGUGUCUUUUGGGAGUUCAGGGUUUUUUGGAUGUACAGUGUUCACUGCUCUAUCACUGAGCUAUAUCCCUAGCCCUUGAUUUGUAUUUGUGAUAAAAU